GCUCGCUCUCUGUCUCGGCGGCCGGGCGGUCUGCGAGCGUCUCCGGGGUGCGGAACAGUGCUCCAGCGAGGCGGAGAGGCGGGCGGCAGCGGCCGGGAGCGGUGACCCGGGCCGGGAGACGGAGCCCGAACCGGAGCAGCGGUCGGCGGCAGGGAACUGUCUGUAGCGGUGCGGGGCAGGCGGAACGGCGGCAGAGAUGGGUGCUGCGGGGAGGCGCUGGGGCCGAAGGGAGCGAGCGCUCCUGUGGACCGUCCUAGUGGCGGUGUGGGACGCGGCGUGGGGGCAGCUGCGCUACUCGGUUCCCGAGGAGCUGCCCAAGGGCUCGUUCGUGGGCGACGUGGCCAAGGACCUGGGGCUGGAGCUGCCGGCGGUCCGCGACCGCGGCGUCCGAGUCGUCUCCGAAGGUAGGACGCAGUAUUUCGCUCUGCACGGGAAGACGGGCCAUUUGGUGACAGCGGAGAGGAUAGACAGGGAGCAGCUGUGCGAGAGUGUGCAGCAAUGUGUGCUGCGGUGCGAGGUGAUAGUGGAGGGGGAAAUGAAGGUUUACAAAAUCGAAGUAGAGAUCACAGACGUUAACGACAACGCCCCCAGCUUUCGACCAGCAGAAAAAGAACUGAGAAUGAGCGAGACGACUGCCCCAGGGUCGCGAUUUCCGCUGGCCGAGGCUCACGACCCGGACUCGAGCCCCAAUUCGCUGCAGCGCUACGAGCUGAGCGGCGACGAGCACUUCUCGCUGGCCGUGCAGGCGGGCCCCGACGGGGAUCAGCGUCCCGAGCUGGUGCUGGCGAAGGCGCUGGACCGCGAGGAGGCGGCGUUUCACGAGCUGGUGCUGAGGGCGAGCGACGGCGGAGAGCCUGCGCGGACGGGCACGGCGCGGAUCUGCGUGGCCGUGCUGGACGCCAACGACAACGCGCCCGUGUUCAGCCAGGCGGAGUACACGGUGCGUGUGCCCGAGGACGUGCCCGUGGGCUCCGUCCUCGUCACCGUCACGGCCGCCGACUCUGACGAAGGUCUGAACGGACACGUCAAAUACUCGUUGAAGAAAAUCACAGACAAAGCCUCAAAGAUUUUGCAGCUGGACUCUGAGACGGGAGCGGUCAGGCUGGUGCAGAGCCUCGACUUUGAGGAAAUCUCCUCAUACGAACUGGAAGUGCAGACUCAUGAUGGCGGCGGUCUUUUCGACACCGCGAAAGUCGUGAUCACUGUGACAGACGUCAACGACAACGCACCAGAGAUUUCAGUGCGGUCGGCUUUGAGUGAAAUCUCGGAGAACGUGCCGCUAGGGACGGUGUUGGCCCUACUACACGUGGAGGAUCGGGACUCGGGGGCGAACGGCCAGGUGCGGUGCAGCAUCGGCGAGAGCCUCCCGUUCCGCCUGGAGAAGUCCUUUGAGGACUACUAUCGCGUGGUGACGUCGGGAGAGCUGGACCGCGAGAAGGUGUCGGAGUACAACGUGACGGUGCGGGCGGUGGACGGCGGGUCGCCGGCGCUGGAGAGCAGCGCGCUGUUGUCGCUGCGUGUGCUGGACGUGAACGACAACGCGCCGGUGUUCGCGGAGGCGCGCUACAGCGCCCGCCUGGCCGAGAACAACGCGGCGGGCGCGCUGGUGCUGACGGUGCGGGCGUGGGACGCGGACUGGGGGCAGAACGCGCGCGUGCGGUACCGGCUGUCGGAGGGGCGGGUGCGGGGCGCGCCGCUCUCGUCGUACGUGUCGGUGCAGGCGGAGACGGGCGCGCUGUACGCGCUGCGCUCCUUCGACUACGAGGAGGUGCGCGAGGUGCGGCUGUGGGUGCGGGCGGAGGACGGCGGCGCGCCGGCGCUGAGCAGCAACGUGUCGGUGCGACUGGAGAUCGUGGACGAGAACGACAACGCGCCGCAGGUGCUGUACCCGCCGGCGGCGGCGCCGUCGUCCGCGGCGGGCGCGGGCUGGGCAGGCGUGGAGCUGGCGCCGCGCUCGGCGGAGCCCGGGGCGCUGGUGGCCAAGGUGGUGGCGGUGGACGCGGACGCGGGGCAGAACGCGUGGCUGUCGUACGAGCUGGCCAAGGCGACGGAGCCGGGGCUGUUCCGCGUGGGGCUGCACAGCGGCGAGGUGCGCACGGCGCGCUUCCCGCUGGCCCGCGACGCGGCGCGGCAGAGCCUGGUGGUGGUGGUGAAGGACCACGGGCGGCCGGCGCUGUCGGCCACGGCCACGCUGACGGUGGUGCUGGCCGAGAGCGUGGCCGAGCUGCUCUCGGAGCUGGGCAGCGCGGCGGCGGCGACGCCGGGCGAGCCGGCCGGCAGCCUCACGCGCUGGCUGGUGCUGGCCGUGGCGGCCGUGUCCUGCCUCUUCCUCGCCUUCCUGCUGCUGCUGCUGGCGCUGCGCCUGCGGCGCUGGCGCCGCUCGCAGCUGCUGGCGGCGGCGGGCAGCGCCGCCUUGCGCGGCGUCCCGGCCUCGCACUUCGUGGGCAUCGACGGCGUCCGCGCCUUCCUGCACUCCUACUCGCACGAGGUGUCGCUCACGGCCGACUCGCGCAAGAGCCAGCUCCGCUUGUCGGCCGGCAGCUGCUGCGACACCCUCCCGGCCCGGCCGCCGCCCGACGAGCCCGCGCCGCUGCUCGGGGAGGACUCUUCGGCUGCCCUCUGCGCGGACCCCGCCGCUGCCCCGAGCCCUUGUGUUUCUUCUGAGAAUGGUGGUGAGAAGCCAAAUGUACCUCCCUUCUUGUGCAAUGUAGUAGAGCCACCGAAAGAGUAUUAUUUCUACCUGGCCGGGAUCGCCGCGAGGAUCACGGAGGAGCUCGUCUCGAGAGCAGCCGAGGCAGAGAUCACCGCUGGCCAGGACCCGAUGGCUGCUCGGUGUCACCCGUCCCGUGCCCGCGAGCUGGACCUGGGCAAAGUCGGGCGGGGAGCGCUCGGCAGCGCCCGGUGCCUGCAGUGCCGAGAGGAGGCUGCGGGCGCCGCUGUUGACCGAGGAGGAGCGAGAGGAAGGCCGGAGUGCUGCCGGCAGCCCCGCCCGCUGCGGCGCGGCGCGGCUCGCUCUGUCGCUCGCUCUCUGUCUCGGCGGCCGGGCGGUCUGCGAGCGUCCCCGGGGUACGGAACAGUGCUCCAGCGAGGCGGAGAGGCGGGCGGCAGCGGCCGGGAGCGGUGA